AUGCCUUCGGGUCAAGUAGAACCAGCAUUGACUAACGGUCACGAUGGCCAUGUUCAUUCCGCGCCUGUGCCGGGUAAGAAGGGGAAGGGGAAGAAAGCCAUCGACUCGUCGGAAGCAUCACGGCUGCUCCAGGCCCGUAUCUCUCAGCUGGAGCAGGAUGCCGCUGGAGAAAAAGACCAAGAACUUGAGAUCGUCCCAUCCGCCCAUACAGAACGGGAAGUCAAAAGAGCCAACCGAGAUUUGAUGCAACAGGUCGCCAAAAUGGACGAUAUGCAGAAAAUUGAACACCUGACGAAACGCUCCAGUGAACUCCUGGCUGAUAUGCGACGCCUUGAGAAGGAGAACCAAAGGAACAAGAAGCGAGGCGAUACUCUGCAAAAGGAGCGAGAUAGCGGUCGAACCGAACUUGGCAAGACAGUCGGAUUGAAGGAGAAGCUUGAAAAACUGUGUCGUGAGUUACAGCGGGACAACAAUAAGAUGAAGGUCAGAACACACGGCGAGCCAUUUCGGACAGGGACCAACUGGAGACAAUGUGCUAACGUGUGGCGUGGAAAGAAUGAGAACAAAGAACUCCAGACUACACAGAAGCGGAAUAAUGUUUCCUGGGAUGAGAAAUUCUCCACCGUUUUAUCUAAAUUGGAAGGCUACCAGGAAGAGAAAGACACCCCGCGAAAACAGGUGGUGGACAUGGAAGUUGAUGAACUAUUCCGUGUCAGGUUCAAGUCUUUCAUCGAACAAUACGAACUGCGUGAGCUACAUUUCCACUCCCUUAUGCGAACGAAGGAACUGGAAGUUCAGUAUCAUCAAUCACGAUAUGAACGAGAGAAGAAAACCGCCGAGGCCGAGGCGAGCAAAGCGCGCCACCUUCAAGCCCAAGUACAAGCUUUUACCAAGACGGAAACUGAGCUUCGAAAUCAGUUGAAUACCUAUGUUGAGAAGUUCAAACAGGUUGAGGAUACUCUGAACAAUAGUAACGAUUUGUUCUUGUCAUUUCGAAAGGAAAUGGAAGAUAUGUCCAAGAAGGGCAAGCGACUGGAAAAGGAGAACGAAGCGCUCAAGAGACAGAAAGAUGCAACGGCCGCUAAUAUCAUCCGCAUGGCUGAAGAACGUCAAGGGUGGAAGAAGCAAGUGGACUCUGCCGAGAAAAAAGUGAACAAACUCAUGAGUAUCAUACAGCAGAUGCAGCACCAGGGACGAAAGGGUCCUCCAGGACUAGCCAGCGUCAUGGAAAACGCGUAUUCAGACAACCAAGGAGGGGCUGAGGGCGACGACGAGAGCGACUAUUCAAACGAAGGCGAAGAUGAAGAACUGAGCGAGUUCGAUGACGAUACUGAGGAAGAGCCUCAACCUGUGCAGAAACAGCCCGCGCCAGUGCCGUACGGACCAGAACGGCCACCAGCACCAACUCAGCAGCAAGCAACUGCAGCUACCAACGGACAUUAG